AUGGGACACCACAGCGUAUUGGGACAAUUGAGGACCGCGCUGGCAGCGCUGACGGAAGGUGAACGCCAGCGCAUCCUAGCGGUGAUCGCCAGAGACUUGGCGUUUCGGCGCGGGAGUGCGUACAGCAGCCACGCAUGUGAGAACUCCCCUGAGGCGGACCUUCAAGAUGAAAUUGAAGACACCCCCACACAAGAAGAAGAUCAAGAGGAUCAUGAAGAGAAUUGCAUAGAAGAUCAAAUUCCCUUCGGAGCCAAACGUGAACGCGGUGAGACGACCUUUCUCCUUAUCUCUCCUCCCCUCCACCGCCUCACUACCUUCCCUCUUCCCCCUCCUCCCGGGUUCGACGGUCCACUUUCCCCCGCCCCCUUCCCCCACUCAUCCAACGCCCCGCGACACCACCCAGUGCGGACCCGGAGCCCGCGAGCGUCGCAGGUGCGCGAGUUCUUGCAGCUUGAAGUUGUCGGGUUGGUCGACCUGGUGGUUGUCGUCGACGGGGAUGCUGCUGUGACAGCCGCCGGACCGCGCGCCCCCCUCGGGACGAUGCCCAACAUCUCGACGCUGAUCUCGAGCGCCGUGUCGCUGAGCGCUCUGGCCGGGCUGGUGUCUGGCUUCGUGUACCUGGUGGUCGCCGGCAUCCGGUGGGCGGGGGAGGCGCGGCUGCAGACGGGGGAAUGGCUGUACCGCCAGGUGCAGCACCGGCUGAGCAGUCGGGAGGCGACGACGCAGGCCGAUGACGACUCCGGGAGCGGCGAGCAUGGGCAUGUCAUGGAGGACGCGGAGACUGCGCGGGUGCGAGAGUUCAUCGAGAAGCUGGUGGAGAAGCUGGUCCAAGGCGGGCUGGACGACGUGAACGUCAGCUGCUUGUACGACCACCCGGAGUAUGAUCGCAUGUUCUCCCGCUACCACGCGCUACUGUGCGACACCCUUGCUCGCCUGGCAUUCUCGUUGCGCAUGGCCGUCACCAACAAACCGCUGCAGGAUGUUGAGUCGCCGUCGAUCGCGCACGCGCAGCUCAAGCAGCUGGUGAAGCGCGUCGUACACGAGGCCAUGGCUCUGCCCAGGAUGAAGGAAGCCAUAGAGAGGAGGGUACCGAACGGCCAGAGUGUUUCUCAAGACAUGGACAGCAAAACGUACGAAGAUAUUCUUGCAACAGCCAUUCUGAAUAAAGUGAUAGAGAAGCACCAGCGCUACUCUGCCUCCCCCGGCUGCCCGGGCGUCGACAGGAACCGGAACACGCUGGGUGGCCUCGCCGCGUCGGCCGCAGCCAAUGGCAAGUUGAAGUGCGAUGACCGCUGGGCGGGAGGGGACGACAGUGAUGGGGCGUCGACCAACGAGGGAGGCGGCUGGAGCGAGACCCAUCUCACGAAGCCGGUGUCUCUCGUGGUUGAGGAGUGCAUCGAGCAGGUGACGACGUACGACAGCUCCGGGGGCGAGCACGAACAUGGCGCCAGCUCGGAGCUCGACUUCUACCUGUCCGGCCUCAACUUCAUUCAGAGGCACCGCGUGCCGUUCCCAGAGCUCGGCAUGGACAUCGUGGACGGGGAGGACACGGACGGGAGCGACAGCGACACUGACCGCCGAGAGCCGCCCUCCCGCGCCACGGACCUGCUGAGCCCGGUCGACUCGUGGGAGGAGAACUGGCUCUUCCAGAGGCGACGCCUCAAGGCGGGACCCGCCGCGCACCAGCCCGUGCCCAUGCUGGUGCCCAACCCCGGCGAGGGCUUCCGGGCGCUGAUCGGGGACCGCGACGCGGAGGAGGUCUCCGACCUGUCGGAGUGCAGCGGGGAGGAGGGGGAGGAGGAGACGCUGUCGGAUGCCAGCGACCCGGGGCCCGCGAGGGAGGCGCCCGCGGCGAGCCACGUCAAGGCCGAGGAGCGCGGCUGCCGGGCGGUGACUCCCGACGGGGGCUACGGGGGGUCGGCGGAGGAGUACGCCUCCAUGCAGGACUUGGGGUCCGAGGUGGCAGAGGCCACCAACGCCCAGCUGUUCAAGUCGGCCUCGGUGGACUGCCUGUCGGAGUUCGGGCAGCAGGACAGCGAGUACACGGAGGACUACACCGCGGCGACGCGGCGACAGAUGAGCAGCCUCUUGCUGCUGGACGAGCCAGAGCCCGAGGCGAAGCCAGUGCCGCGUCCCAGAAGUGUUUGUGCUCCUGCUCAAUCGAAAUCGGGAGAAAACGCUUCUAGAUCAGACAACGAAGGCGAGGUGUCAGAGGUGGACCCUGCUUUGUUCUCGCCUCCACGGCCAGGAACGAUUGCCGAGCGGGAGCACAGGAAGUGGGAGAGCGCGCCCCCGCUGGCCAACAACCCCUACUCCUCGGAGAACAUAUCCAAGCGGCUGCAGAAGAGGGCCAGCCGCACCAGCCUCAGCAGCAGCGAGGCAUCGCUCGACGUUCCCGACGCGUCGAGCGAGCGGAAGCCAGUCGUCGUUGGCCCGCUGAAAGUGAGCGUAGUCGCGGAGCCUGAUUCAAAGAAGUACGGCCGCGACUACUACGUGAACAGCGGCGGGGAAGGGCAGCCGGCAAUGGAGCGGCCGCCCAGGCAGCAGGCGAAGGUGCGAGCCACCACCUGCCCCCUCCAGAGUUCAAGGUCAAGUCCCCAGGAUCCCAGCAAGCAAACCGACGCAUCGCAACUGCAGCAGAUCCACGAUGUGGGCAGCGAGGUCGCCCGCUGGCAGAGGGAGAUAAACAAGACGGAGCGGCAGUGGCUCCGCAGGAUCCAGAGCGGCAGCCCGCAGACCUUGAAGCGUUGCGUGAGCGCGUCCGUCCUGCCCACGACCGCCCCUGGCGACGACCGGCCCACGCCGCGGCUACCGCGAGUGGCAGACAUCUCCCGGUGCUUCGAGACGCUCUCGAAAGGCGUCGCUAAUGGCAAGCCGCCCGUGAAGUGCCCCACGGCGCAGCCGAGGAAGCAGAACAUGCUGGUGAUCAACGGCCACGACUCGGCCCCGGAGGCGAACGCCGCGAGGAACCGGCCCGGGGACCGCGGGAAGGGCGUCUCGCCGAGGGUGACCAUCACGUGCUACCCCAAGCCGCCGUGCGUGAUGACGGAGGCGGCGGUGAACGGCAACGGCCGGCACUGGGACACGGACAGCGUGCGAAGCGAGGAGAGCGCCGUGUCCUCCGCCGACAGCGAGUACUGCCCGUGCCUGCCGUCCGUCAAGGAGCUGGCGAAGCAGUUCUCCGGGGGCACCGAGUCAGAUUCGUCCACGUCCCUGUCGACCUCGUCGCACCGACUGAGCAUGACGGACCUGCGCUCCCCCCCCAGAGACGUAGUGAUCGUCCCGCGGGAGCGCCGGGAGAAGGCCCCGCAGAAGGAAGAAGACUCCUCCCCGCAGCAGCUCGCCGUGCCGAGCCGACCGCUGCGGCAGGUGCACAGCCUGACGGCGCGCAGCAUGUCGCGGGAGUUCCGAGAAGGGCUGCGGCGCAACCUGCCGGUGGCGCUGGACCGCAACGUGCACAGCUUCGGGGGCAGCGAGUGGAGCCUGGCCGCCCGCCGCCGGGACGAGUACGACACCACGCCAGGGUACACCAGUGACGAGAGCGGCACCGUGUCGCCGGCGCCCGCCCCGGGCACGCUCCGCACCAACAUCGCCUUCUGGGAGAGCCUCAAGCAGGCGCCGUGACCUCUCAGUGACCUCUCACCUCCACCUUGAAGACUGCGCUGGUGAACCGUGCCUGGGUGAACAUGCUGAACAAGCACACGUGCAGUGUUCCCGUCACGACUCGUGAGCGGGUUGUUUAGCUACAGCCCACAAAACCAAGAUAACUCAUUCUCAUGCGCCAAGUUAGUCAUUUCAUUUUCUUUGUCAUUACCAAGGAUUAUAUGAUGGAUUGUGCUAAAAUCAAAAUAACGGGAAGCCUACAACUCGCGUAGUUUCGGUUCUCUGCAAGAAUUUCCGAGGAUUUCCGAAGUUUUGCGUUUUGGUAUUAACACCACUUCAGCCGCUAAAUCAGAAGUUUCCAAUGAAAACAAGCAUGUUGUGACUGACCUGACCUAACCUAACCCUUCAAUUGUUUUAAUUUCAAUUUUUGAGAGAAAUCAGAAGUUGCACGAACGUGGUAGGGAACCGAAACUACGUGAGUUGUAGGCUACCGCAAAAUAACACCGGCAAACAUGUCAAUACACUGUAUAACACUAAAAUACAAGUUAAUACACCAUAUAGCAACAUUUAACCAAAACUCAAUUCAAGUUACAAAAAAAAAUUUAAUGUUUGAAAUUUAAGAGAUGUAAUUAUUUCCUAACAAAAUUUUCAUCAAAGUGCUUAGCUCAGAAAAAUAAAUUUAUUUGUUUGGUUGUGCAUCUCUUAUUGAAUCAAAUUUAAACAAUAAUUCUUGCAAAUUAUGUAAUCAUAAAAAUGCAGCAGAUAAACAAUACAUGAUUCUUUGGUGGUAUGAAUAUUACAAAACAGAAUCUAUAAUAAUAAACACAAUAACACCAAAAUCUUCUGUUUUAAAAAAAUAAUUGGACUGAAAAUAAAAUCAUUAUAUCUUGCCUCUAGUUAUUACUACGUUUGAACGCAUUGCCAUUCAAAUUACCUGAUAAUGAUCUUGCAUUUUAUAUUUUGUCUCAAAUUUUCUGUACAGACAUUUACUAAAUAUUAUUUAUUACAGAAUACAAGUCGAGAAGUGUUCAUGAUUAUUUGAUCACAUUACCAACUUGGUGCGUGUGAAUCAGAUUUAUGUUCGAGAUUUUCAAAAAUAUUUGUGUUAGAAUUUAUUAUAUUCAUCUCUCUUUUAGUCUUGGGUGAUUUUACUAACCAAAAGAACAAUAUGUACUUAUACAGACAUGUAUUCAAGUUACUGUGCCCAUGUAUUUCAUAAAAUAUUUAAUUUAUACAUCAGUGAGAUGCGUGCUUCGAACACUGAAAAUAUUUAGUGUGGAAAUGAUUUGUAAAUAACAAUGAGGUUGGUUGCACCAACUAGCUGAAGUCGAUAAAUGGGCCAAUUGCAUCUGCAUAAUAAGCACUUGUCGAAGUAAUUUUUCAGAGAGGCUCUCAGUUGCAUACAUCACAAACAUUCAUUUUCUGUGUAAAGAACUCUGUGUGUGGUAUGCAUCUUUACUGUAUAUACAUAUCAUUGUGAAAAGUGUUAAUUUCAUUAGCAAUUUAGUCGCUAAACUUUGUGUGCAUGUAUUUUUGUUAAACAUUCAGCUGUGUGUAUUAAUUUGUGUGUUUGGUACUCUAUUUAUAUAUGUGACAGGUAAUUGCAAUGAAACCAUCAACUUAUGACACAUUUUAAAUACAUAAACGAGAAAGACUAAUAUUUUUGUAUAUCUUAGCAAUAAAAAUAAGUAUGUAGUGUACUUGGGAAUAUUUAAACACAUGUUAUACUGUAAAUAGCAGGUGAAAUAAAAGUGUGACUCUUAAUAUUAAAAAAUAAAUAAACUUAAUUUUUGUGCAAUAAUAAUUGUUUGAGUGUAGCUUUGUCUAGUCGGAAAGAAAAUGUAUAAAUGACAUUCACUGUUUCUUUCACGUUGUGAGACACAUUGGUGGACACCACAUUUGAAUCGUGAAACUGGUGAGAGAGUGUGUCCGUGGUUUUGUUUUGUUUUGUUUUGAUAGUAGCCAGCUGGCUUUGUCCAAGCGAAGGGAGGUUAACUCUUGCUAGUAUACUACUAAUAAUAAUUUAAAAAAAUUAAAGUCUUUUAAAGACUUUAUCAAGAGCCUCUAUUCAGAAAACUCAUAGGAUUGUGAGGGAGGGAUUGGGGGGGGGGGGGGAAAUUUCUCUCAUUCAUAGUUCACUAAAGGUAUACAUCAAUAAAUCUACUAAUGGUAACAGUUUCUUUAAAAAAAAACACGGGCCUAGGAAUAUAUUCAGUUACAGACAAAAAUUAAUUUUAACUUGCCACGGAAGCCUACAUUCAGGAUUUAGGUCUCAUUAUGGGAAGAAGGCAGUUGCGGAUAACUGGAUAAACUGUGCUCCUGCUCAGCAGAAUCCUGAUUUGCCAGACCAUCAACCAACCAUUACUGUUUUAACUGGAAUACAAAAAAAAAAUUACACUGCACACUAUAGCUGUACAAAGAUGUAAUAUCAUAGAAAUGUGAUAUUCACUCCUCUAGAAAACAGAAAUAUAUCGAAAAAAUUUUAGAAUGUAAACGGCUCAAUCAGCAGCAAAUUAAAGAAUACAUUGGACCAAAGAAAGCCAAAAUAAAGCAAACCAUCUGUAUAUUACAAGUAGGAUUCCUGCAUGGUUUUCCAAUUUUGUUUUUGUCCAUCCUUAACGUAACACUGAUACAUGUAGAUAUAUCGUGCUCUCUCACCAGUUUCUCGUGCUGACACCAAGAUGCUCCUCGAAAGAAAGAUGUGUCGUAUGUCGUCUGCCCCGGCAGUGCUGAUUGCUCGUGCAGUUUCUUGUUGUAAACUGCAACUGACGUAAAACACAUGCCUUUAUUCCAGGAACGUAAGUAGUAGGUACGGGCAUGCUUUCCACCGACAGUAUUGCUGCAGGUAUCGAAUGAAAAUGAUUACUCUGACUGUAUACACUGUGUGUGCCAAACUAUUUUUUUUUGUAAAUAAACCAGUUGAUGAAUGUU